CCUUUUCGUUAACACUUCUUUCCUCUCUCCCUCCCUUCAAAGGUAUCUAUCUCCGUCUUGAUUCUCAAAUCUCUGAAAAGACCGAAAAACCAGAAAGCUCUUUUUAGCUGCAGAAAAGACCUUUCUGGGUUUUCCGUCAAUAAUGGCCUCCUCCUCCUCCUCCGUCCUUCUCCUCCUCAUCGUCCUCGUCACCAUCCCCGCCGCCCUGUCCCACACCAUCCUCCAAAUCCCGCCGAACAGACACGCCUCCGAGGACCGCAAGCUCCGCGCCGACGACAACCUCUUCUGCGACAGCUGGCGGUUCUCCGUCGAGACCAACGACGCCGGAACCUGGGACAGCAUUCCCUCCAGGUGCGUCGGAUUCAUCCAGGACUACAUGACCGGCUCCCGGUACGCCUCCGACUCGGCGGCCGUUGCGAAUUUCUCGCUGGCGUUCGGUCAGGCGGUGAAACUCGGCGGCGACGGCAAGGACGCCUGGGUGUUCGAUAUCGAUGAGACUCUGCUGUCCAACUUGCCGUACUAUGAGGCCCAUGGGUUCGGAUCAGUGACAUUCGAUGAAGAAGCUUUUGAUGGGUGGGUGGAUUUGGCUGAGGCCCCUGCUAUCCCAGCAAGUUUGAAUCUGUACAAGGGGCUCCAACGGUUGGGUUUCAAGAUUUUCCUGUUGACUGGGCGGAGCGAAUUUCAGAGAAAUGCCACGGUGAAAAACCUCCUAUAUUCAGGUUACAGUGACUGGGAGAGGCUGCUACUGAGGGGACCUUCAGAUAAAGGAACACUCGCGACUGAAUACAAAUCCAAGAAGAGGGCAGAACUGAUAACCGAAGGUUAUCGACUUCAUGGGAGCUCGGGAGAUCAAUGGAGUGACUUGUCGGGCUUUGCAGUUGCCCGACGAUCCUUUAAACUUCCAAACCCAAUGUAUUAUAUUGCUUAAAUUUUUGUGUAAUAUAACUGUGUAAUAUAACUGUAGCAUUGUUGUACUCUUUUCUUCAUUAUGUUCAUCAUGGCCACCAUGAUAAUAUUUGAUUUUGGUUGCCAUUUGGGGAAACCUUGUAUUAUAACAAUGUCUCUGCUACAUUCUUUUCA